UCAUGUCCAAAUGAGCUUUCCAAUUUGAUUUGCCUCUACGGUUAUCAGGAUAAGGGUAAAUAUUUCCUCCAAUCUAAUUUGGCAGUAACCAUUGUCACCAAUCCAAAAUUUACCAUCUUUUAGCUUUCUCCAAGAUUCUGCUGAUCGAGUGCUGAAAGAAUUUUGAUGUUCGGUAGAUUGUUUGGCCCCUACUGCCUUAUCAGGUUUGUUCAUUUUUAUACCAAUCGUUUCGAGUUUAUAUAUAUAUGUUUUAUCUUUAUGUACUAACAAUAAAAUGUUUUGUUCAAACAUGUAUUUGUUCUGAGUUUAUAUUUUGGCGGAGUGGCGAUGAUAAUUUUUUGCAUGCGCACGAGAUUACGGGAUGACUGAUCUUUAUCAGUAGCAAAGUAUUGCAAAGGUAUUCUUCGUUGGUAAAACAAGAAUAUAGGCUAAACCUGUGAAAAAAAAAAAGAUAAAUAAAUUUUUUGCACGUGUACGAGAUUGCGGCAUGACUGAUCCUUAUCAACACCCAAGUGUUGCAAAGGUAAUUCUUCUUCGCUAAAACAGGAAUAUAGGGUAAACCUGUAAAAACAAAGUGGACAUUUUUAUCUGGGAGCCCGUUAAAAAAAAAAAAAAAACAAAAGGAUCCACCUACACGGCCCGCAGAGCCGCCUCGUUUACUGCCUCAUGCGCUAUAUAAGAAGAAUGGAGAGACAUCGAGGCCCUCGCGCGCGGCAACGGAUAAAACUCCAUCGUCGCCCCGCAGCAGAGGAGCGAUCAUCCAUCAAUGGCGGCUGCCCUCAUCGCUGAGCCGUCUCUUCUCUCCUUCAUCCUACCUUCUCCCGGUCCUCGCCGAUCCAUUUCGCCGCCUGAGAGGAAGCUGCGGGUCCACCGCAAGCCCUCGCUGCUUCCCGUCGCAUCUCCCUCCCUCUCUCCCCCUUGCCCCUGCGCCGCAGGAACCCUAGACCUGGAGCCCGAUGAAGAAAGCCCUAGCCGUAGCUUGAGUUCCAGACAAGAUGGUAAAGAGGGUGGAAGAGACCGCCGGAGGGCGGUCAGGAUCGCGUGGGAGAAGCUGGUCCGGUGGUCCCGGUCGUGGCGGUCGAAAGCCAAGAGCGACGUCCUCGAGGGGACCAAGAAGGUUGUGGUUCUUGGUGGGGGAUCUUUUGGGACAGCAAUGGCAGCACAUGUUGCGAGCAGGAAGGCUGAAAUGGAAGUCGCAAUGCUCCUUAGGGAUGGUGAUGUUUGUCGAGCUAUCAAUGAGACACACUUUAAUUGCAAGUAUUUUCCAGAACAUAAAUUGCCAGAAAAUAUUGUUGCAACGACCAGUGCCAAGGAUGCUUUAUUAGGAGCUGACUAUUGCUUUCAUGCUGUUCCUGUGCAGUUCAGUUCAUCCUUUCUUCGAGGCAUUUCACAACAUGUUGACCCGAACUUGCCAUUUAUAUCUCUUAGCAAAGGGUUGGAACUAAAUACUUUAAGGACAAUGUCUCAAAUCAUUCCGCGUGCACUAGGAAAUCCUCGUCAACCUUUUAUAGUGCUAUCGGGGCCUUCCUUUGCAGUAGAGUUGAUGAGGAAAAUGCCAACAGCAAUGGUGGUUGCAUCAAAAGACAAAAAGUUAGCAAGUGCAGCUCAACAGUUAUUAGCCUCUCCAAAUCUUAGGAUUAGCUCCUCAAGCGAUAUUACAGGAGUGGAAAUUGCAGGUGCACUGAAAAAUGUACUUGCCAUAGCAGCAGGCAUUGUAGAGGGAAUGAAUCUUGGAAAUAAUUGUAUGUCAGCUCUUGUGGCACAGGGUUGUUCUGAGAUCCGAUGGUUGGCAACAAAGAUGGGAGCAAAGCCAACAACACUUACUGGAUUAUCAGGGACUGGUGACAUUAUGCUUACAUGUUUUGUCAAUCUUUCGAGAAAUCGAACAGUUGGGUUACGUCUUGGAUCAGGAGAGAAGCUUGAUGACAUAUUGAGUACAAUGAAUCAGGUUGCUGAAGGUGUAUCUACAGCAGGGGCUGUUAUUGCAUUGGCCCAGAAGUACAAUGUAAAGAUGCCAGUUUUAACUGCAGUUGCUCGCAUCAUUGACAAUGAGUUGACUCCAAAGAAGGCUGUUCUUGAGUUGAUGAGCUUGCCACAGGUUACAACUGAGACGUUGAAGAAGUUUGAGAAGCUUGUGAAGUUGAAUUCACAGAGAGCUUAAAGAACUGAUAAGAUAGCCUUGUUGAUGGUAAAACUGGACAUCUGCAGUUUGUCAUGCUCUGUUGGAGAUAGAAGCCAUCCUUGACCAUGUCCAAUUAAAUCUUUGAUGUACAUCUUAUCAUGUUCCAAUAGGGUCAUUAAUACUAUUAGGAAUGCGGGACUCUCUACCUGAAGACAUUUUUUGUGGGAGAGAUUAUUUCAUUUUGGAA